UACUUCAAACCUCAAACUUCAAACUUGAAAGUUCUCGUCUCGCACAUCCCCAAGAAGCAUCGUUGGUGCAAGCAAGGCAGAGCGAGGCAUGGCCAAAGCAGCCCAACUUUCUGGCACUACUGUUCUUCUUCUUCUCUUUUUUCUUUCGCUCUCUUCUCUCUCCUUUUGAAUUAAAUGCGCUCGAGAGGGGGGGGGGGGAGAGACAGUAAUAUUCCAAUCCCUCCAAAUUCAAUAACAAAAAAACCCCCAGAAUUUAAUGCAGCAGCUGAGAUUCCCACCCACCCUUUGCCCUCCAAAAUCUCUCCCCAAUUUCCUCCUCAUUCCCCUUCUCCCUCUCCUCUUACUUCUUCUUCACCUUCUCCGUCAAAUGGACACUUUCAAAAUCUCACUUGGUUCUUCUGGUUCUUCUUCUUAUUUGUCUUUUGCUUCCCUUUUGCCCCCAUGUCCCUCUUCAUCAACAUUGGCUUCGGCUAUUCCAUUGCCAUCGCCCUCGCCUUCCUCGUUCUUGCCUCUACGCUCAUUCUCUCUUUCUACCUCUGUUGCCGCAACCGCAACCCCAACCCCACUUCGCAUUCGAACCCGAAUCCGAAUAUGAACCCAUCUGGGGCGAAUGUGGAAUCCGAGGGUAUUGUUCUGCCUCGGGUGAUUUUUGUGGCGGAGGAGGAGGAUGAUAACGAGAGCUCCGUCGUGGGGCUCGACGAGAACGUUAUAAACUCGUACCCCAGGUUCCAGUACAGUAGGGGUGCUAUGGGUGUUGGAAGCAGUACGAUGUGUUCGAUCUGUUUGUGUGAGUAUAGGGAUUCGGAGAUGCUGAGGAUGAUGCCGGAGUGUCGCCAUUAUUUCCACCUCUUGUGCCUUGACGCUUGGCUUAAACUAAAUGGGUCGUGCCCUGUUUGUCGGAACUCGCCGCUCAUGACGCCGAUUUCGACGCCUCUGCAAGAAGUGGUGCCGCUCUCUCAGUACCCGGCUGACCGGAGGCGACGGAGGUGACCAUUUUCCUUCUUGGACUCUUCUGGGUUCGCUUCUCAAGAAUGUAAAUCUUCUGGGUUAUUGAAGAUGAUCAAGUUUUUGCCUUUUUUUUUUUUUUAAAUUGGGUAUUUUCUUUUCUUCAUUCGGAAGAGAAGAAAAUAGAAGAAGAGAGUGAAGGCGUAGAAGUAGUGGUACUCACAGUUAAAGUAUCAUUUUGUUGGAUUAAAAUAUUGAAAUGAGAAAUUAACUGAUGCUUUAUCCUAGCUGUUUGAGUUUGCGUUUCACAUGAAUUAGCCUCAAUGGGUUUGUUCCUCAAUUCUCUCUGUAUAAAAUUUUGUGUCGCUGCCCAGAAAUGAAUGUUUGACAAGGCAUCAUUCUCUAUAAUCCUUAUGGUGGA